AUGGCGCUCUGGAAGGAAGAGAUGCUAUCCACUCGCGCCUGCUACUUCCGUACAGAGCAGGAGCACGCCGCUCCGUUCCUCGGCCAGCGGUCAGCGAGUCUGCGCUCUGCCGGACUGAGCUUAGUCUCAGUGGCCGUUAGACCGAUCGACUGCCCUUUACUAUCCUACAGUCUGUCAUGUGGAGAAGGUGCUACGCUCACAGAAGUGGCGGUCCCUGGCGUCGAUUACGCAAAGGAGCUGAGUAAAGUGAUGUUCGAGAUUUAUACAUCCGGGUUGUCGGACAGCCGCUCCGCAGACGACGUCUGGAACAUUGAGCGAGAGCUGCGGGCGCGCUACCUAGCGGACGCCAGCACGAGAAUCAACACCCAUCGCUGCGACGUCGCAAUCGUCGUAUUGUACGUUGUGAAGGAGAAGGAGGCGGAGGAGGAGGAGCCGAACGCAGAGCGGGAAGAGGAGCAAGCUGAUAAGCAGCCGGAGAAGGAGUAG